ACAGGUGCAAUGGAAAACAGGGUAACGGCCCUGCUUUUCCUUUCCUUCACCAACCACGAGAGGGAGGGGUUAGGUACAAACUAAAAACCAUGAGCUAUAUAUAAUAUCAAUGUCAGACUCGGAAUUGGGAUCUGCAAAUCCGUUUUAAUUGCUUAAGAAAUACGGAUAUCGGUAAAGAUGGCGUUGACGAUGAAGGAUACUUUCUAUAUAUCACACGGAGCACCGACGCUGGCCAUAGACAAGUCGAUUCCCGCCAGGCAUUUCUUGCAGUCAUGGAAGGACAAAGUGUUCCCCCAAAAACCCAAAGCCAUCCUCGUCAUUUCUGGUCACUGGGACACUUCCUUUCCCGCCGUUAACAUCGUUCACCGCAAUGAUACAAUCUAUGAUUUCUAUGGUUUCCCUGACUCUAUGUACAAGCUGAAAUAUCCGGCACCAGGGGCGCCAGAGUUGGCACUAAGAGUGAAGGAAUUGCUGAUGGCAUCCGGUUUCAAGCGUGUUGAUGAAGAUAGAGAACGUGGGCUGGACCAUGGUGCUUGGGUUCCACUCAUGCUCAUGUAUCCAGAGGCUGAUAUUCCAGUUUGCCAACUCUCUGUUCAGUCAAAAAGGGAUGGUAGUUACCACUACAACUUGGGAAAGGCUUUGGCCCCUCUCAAGGAUGAAGGUGUUCUUAUAAUGGGUUCUGGAUCCGCCACUCAUAACUUGAGGGCCCUUAGAAUGGUAGAUGGUAUUGUUCCAUGGGCUUUGGAGUUUGAUACUUGGCUUAAAGAUGCUCUCCUUCAGGGAAGAUAUGAAGAUGUGAACUGCUAUCAAGAGAAGGCACCGCAUGCGAAGAUGGCUCACCCAUGGCCGGACCACUUCUAUCCAUUGCAUGUAGCCAUGGGUGCUGCUGGUGAAAAUGCAAAGGCCAAACUUAUCCAUCACAGCUGGCAACAUGGUGCUCUUUCCUAUGCUUCUUACCAGUUCAAGUCAGCCAGCUGAUGUUUCAUUUAACAAGUGUGCUGCAAUAUCACCUAUUUAUUCAAUCUACUUUAUCUCAAAUAAAGUAAUACAAGAAAGAUAAAAUGCAAGCCCUUUGUUCAAUCUGUGCAGUAUGUAUAUCUACACCUUUAACGACUUGAAUUGUGUUCAUUUUGUUCCAAUUAAAUUUGAAUCAUGAAAAGUUUGUUUUACAA